AUGAAUAUUAAUAUGAAUAGAUGUGAAGAUUGUGGAAAUAUACACCCUAGAUAACCUUGUGCUGCUUAACCGGUCAAAUUUAUUUGGUAUUAUUGUGAAUAUUCAAUAGGCCAUAAGAAGGUAAAGAGGUAUUGUUAUUUGGAUCAUGGAAUCUCUUCUAAGUGGGGACUAAAUUAAUUGGAAAUAAAUGCACUUUAAAUUUGGCAGUUGGACAAUAUGAAUAUAAGUUCUUGGUAGAUAAUUAAUGGAGAUAUCUGUAGAAUCAAGAGACUGUGAAUGACAAUCAUGGAUCAUAUAAUAAUAUGGUAAAAGUUAUAAUGAUUACAGAUAUAAGUGCUUCCUAAAAGAGCAUAUCAGAUCUUUGAAUCAAACGCAAAACCUUUGAUAAGACUGUUUGAGGUAGCUGAUGAAGUGAUUGGAUCAUGGGAUAAUUGGAGUUAACCAAUCAAAUUAUAAAAGCGAUAUAACUAAUUCAAACUAUGCGAUGAAUAUUACACAUAUGUCGAUUUAUAAGAAGGACGAUAUGAAUUCAUAUUUAAAAGGGGAAGUCAAUACUUUCAUGAUAGUUGCCAGCCAACCAUAAUGAACUCCUUUGGAAGGAAAAAUAACAUCAUGGUUGUUUUAAUAAAUAGAACUGAAUCGUAAGAACUAGAUUUCAAUAAUGUUUAUUGGACCAAACAUGAUUUAUUAUAUCAUACAUUUGAUCACAUCUAUGGACACACAAUGACAAGCAUUGGGAAUUCAUUCUAUAUUUUUGGUGGGGCUCCAAGUAGAAAUGAAAUGUAUAAACUAACAUUUGGAGAUCAUCAAUUGAAUUUAGAAGAAACUGAAGGAGAAAUGCCAAGACCAAGAGCUUAUCAUAAUGCAUUAGCAUAUGGAGAUAAGAUAUUAUUCUUUGGUGGCGUGGAUGAACAUAAUAUCUUGAAUGACCAUUUUGUGUAUGUGACAUCAGCCAAAACUUGGUAUUUGGCUAAAACUGAUAAGAAAUGGACCGAGAGAGAAAGAGCUAGUCUAACGUUUUAUGCUUAAGAAGAAUUAGUAAUACUUUUUGGUGGAUAUUAUUUAUCCCCUGAUCUUGAAGUUGAGUUGAUAUACAAUGAUGUCUAUUAUAUGAACAUUUAGAACAUGCAAUGGGUGAAACUGAACGUUAACAAUUAACCAUAACCAAGAUAUGGACAUAGUGCAAUCUAAGUUAAUGAGAAGAUGUACAUAUUCUGUGGGAAAAAUUAAGAUGAAUAUUUUAAUGAUAUAUGGGUGUUGAACUUCGAAAGUGUUUAAUGGUAAUAGAUCCAAACUCAAGGGGUUGCUCCUGAACCAAGAUACGGCCAUACAACCAAUUUGAUUAAAUCUAAAAUUUGUAUUUUCGGUGGUAGAAAUAGCAAAUCUAAUCGACUGAAUGAUCUACAUUUAUUCGAUUUCAUAACAAAUACAUGGAUCACACCUACUUAAUAUGGUUAAAUGCCAUCUCCAAGAUAUUUUCAUGCGGCAGAUAUUUACAAUGGGGAAUAAUUGUGGAUCUUGGGAGGAAACAUUGGGCUUAAGUAAUUAUGAACUAUUAUUUUCAGACGCAAUGAACAUUUCUACAUCAUGAAUUUUGGAAAGCAAGAGGACCAAACAUAAGUAUAAUAAUAAAUAUAAUAACAACAACAAUAACAAUAACAACAACAAAAUCAUUGAAAGAACAGUAAAUCCA